AUGGGUCCUCCUAUUGCAGCAAGGAGGUGGACCAAGAUGCGAAAGGGAGGGCGGGGAGAGGCACGACGCAAGGGCCGUCAAAACAGACGAAAAUCGGACAGCGGACGAGGGGAGCAAGGACAAGAGAAGAGGAAAAAGAAAACGGAAAAUCUCAAACAAGAAAUGCCUACACCCUCAAGACUGCACCCUCAAGACAGAAACAAACACCACCCUCUGGAGGUGCCCUGA